GCCUGCUGACCAUUCCACACUUUGAUAAAGAUAAGGAUACGUCAAGUUUCGGAGGCUCUUUUCCAGCAUAAGAACAAUUUGAGUUUAAACUCUUUGGCUGCCGAUUCGGCGGGUUUCUUCAUUUCGAUCACGUGCGCCAAGACUCUCCCAAGUAUACCACAGGUAGCUUAGAAGAUGUUUCGAGGAGGUCGCGGUGGGGAUCGAGGCUGGCGAGGAGGAGGAGGUGGUGGGCAACCCUUUAGAGGCGGCCCUCCUUUUAGAGGGGGGCGUGGAGGUGCAUUUGGGCCCAGGGGUGGUAAUUUUGGUCCAAGACCAGACUUUGGUCAUGGUCCUAGACCAGAUUUCGGACACCAAUCAGAUUUUGGUCUUCUGAACGAUUUUCGCUCCCGAGGCGAGAAUGGUCCCGGGCCAGGAUUUGGACCCAGGGGCGACUUCGGACCCCAGCCCGACUUUGGCCCACCAUCUCGAGGCUUUGGUCCCAACCCCGGUUUUAGAGGUCCCAGGCCCAAUGGGUUCAGACCCCAAGGCCGAGAGCACUCAAAUUGGGGAAAUAAUCCCCGUGGAGGAUUUCAAGGAGCUAGACCCGACCUUCAUCCAGGCAAUUAUCAAGACUUUCCUGGACACCCAGCAGACGACUACGUGGAACAAGAACCGAGCUUUCCACCACGAGGAGACUUCCACACCCAGCGAGGUCGAGGCCACCAUCCAGCUCCUUUCAGAGACAGAUUCGAGGCCGGUGCGGGGCCUAGUAGGAACAACAGGGAUUCCGAAUUUCCUCCUCAGAAUGUCCCGACUCGCAUUGAACCAGAACCGGUUAAGCCAUCUCGUUGGUCAAGAGCCACGGCUCCCGACUCUUCUUCCGUAUCUCUUCCCGGCCCCGCACCUGCGUCAUUUAUGACAAAACCAAGCAUUGAAAAACAACAACAACAGCAGCAACCACAACCACAACAAUCUCUGGAGGUUGCUCAUCCGAAUUAUGAGACAUUUCCGAGCACCUCAAAGGCGGUCGGUCCCGCUGCCAUUUUGCCUCAGGCAGAUUUACCGCGUCCUAUUCCUUCGCAAGAUUUGGUGGCCGAGGAAAGGAAACCCAGGCAACCGGCUUUGCCCAAUGAAGACGAGCCCAACUACGAUGACAGCCUCGUUAUUUUGGAUUGGUACAAUUCUGACCUGAAUUUAAUCAUCGAUAAAAAUGAUUAUUGCUCGGCUGUGGCCAUGUCCCAUGAAGGGUUUGGCUUGAUGUGGGCAGGUGCCCGAGCCACCUAUGGGGUGUGUCGUGGGCGUGCUUGCUUCGAAGUUCGCAUUGACGGAAAUUGUAACGCACAGCAUUUGGAAAAUGAACCCACUCCUCACGUUUUACGAGUAGGGUGGUCCAUCGACGAGGCUUCCAUGCAACUGGGGGAGGAUCCAUUCUCCUAUGGUUACGGAGGAACGGGCAAAAAAGCCGUUGGUUGUACCUUCACCAAUUAUGGUGUUCCCUUUGGCGUAGGAGACGUUGUUGCUUGUUAUGUGGACUUCAAUUGCGAGCCUGUUCAGAUUGGUUACACUCUAAAUGGUCGCAAUCUUGGUCCAGCUUUCCACGUCACUCAAUCGGACCUUCAAGGUCGAGCUCUGUUUCCGCACAUUCUGACCAAGAAUCAGAACUUCACUGUCAACUUUGGUCAACUCCCAGCUCCAAUGAGUGGCCUGUUGCCAGAUUAUCCACCGAUUGGACAACUGGAUGUGAGUGAAGGUCUUGUGAGAGGAGCUUUGGCACCUUCAUCAAGAUCGGAUUGUGAGGUUCUUCUCAUGAUUGGCUUACCGGGAGCAGGAAAGACGUUUUGGGCCACAGAGCACAGUAAAAGUAAUCCCAAGAAAAGAUAUCAAAUUUUGGGAACAAACAACCUUCUCGAACGCAUGAAGGUGCAAGGACUGCCACGCAAACGUAAUUAUCAUGGACGAUGGGAUGUUCUGAUUAGUAAAUGCACGCGAUGUUUUGACGAGCUCCUGAAAAUCGCCACUAGGAGGCGGAGGAACUACAUUUUGGAUCAGACCAACGUCUUUCCCACCGCAAGAAGUCGUAAAUUCAAAGAUUUCACCGGGUUCACACGGAAAGCCAUCGUAGUUGUCCCGGAAAAUGCGGAAUAUCUUCGGCGAGUCUCGGUUCGUGAAAUGGCAGAGGGGAAAGAAGUUCCGGACGAUGCUGUUCUGAGUAUGAAGGCGAAUUUUGUCCUACCCGAUCUUGAAGAGACCUACUUUGACGAGGUACUUUAUACUGAAAUGGAACCACAAGACGCUCAAAUCCUGGUAUAUCAGUACAAUGAAGAAGCCCGCCGACGUGGAGUUGAUAUGACUCAAUCAGUGAAAUGCUUUAUUCAAAGAAACAAAGACAAGCGCCAGACAAUAGGCAAAUUUGAGAUGAUUGGUCGGUCCAUUAAAAUCCCGAAGGAACAACACUCCAUCAUCAAACCAACCGGUAUUCCUGCCAAUGGCCCACCUGCCCCAGUUCUCAUCAACUCGUCUCCCAUGAAACAAUUAAAUUCCACUGCAAGAAGCCACGGUGGAGGAGAGGGAGAUCGACAAAAUAAUCAACCACCAACAAGGAAUAGACGAUCCAAAUCUCGAGAGAGGAAGCGGUCAAGAUCUCAUGAUAGAAGAAAUCGAAAACGAACUAGGAGCAGAAGUAAAAGUAGGGACCACAGAAGAGAAGAACCAACCCGUAGUCGGGACAGAAGUUCAAGAAGGAGAACGCGAAGUCCCGAGCAAUCCCGUCAUCCAUUCACUCCCAAGGGAAAUGCUGGUGUUCCAAGCCCUUGGGCGCAGAACCAGGCUGGUCCAAUGGGAAACCAAGAUUUUAAUCCAAUGAAUAUGAACUUCAACAACCCGCCUCAGGAAGGAAUUUUGGGAUCUAGACCUCAAGACCAACCGAAUGACCCAAGAGGAGCUUUUCAACCAGGGAACUUUGGUCCUAAUGAGCCGUCAGUAAGAUCUAUGAGUCAACAACGUCAGGGUCCAGACCAGUUCACCAAUCAACAAGGUGACCACCCACCAGGACCUUUUCAACAAUACGGUGGCCCGCAACAGAGUAGGUUCAGUCAGGAACGCCAACCACGAGAAAGGCAAGGAUAUGAACACUCAGGAGGGUUCAAUAUCAAUACGAAAGGACCAACUCAAGGGAACAUACGCAGAGAUCAGGAUUUUACAUCAGAUAACUACCAAAUCCAGCGCCCAUUUCAACAAGGCAACGCCAUGAUCGAAGAAGAGAGGGGCCGUGGUCCAGUUGGAAACCAUGACUCUCAAUAUCCGGACCGAUCGUCACAAUUUGACCCCAGGAACAAGAAUUCAGAUCCACGAAGUGGCCCUGUCAAUGCCACCGCGUUUCGUGGCGACCGUUUCGAUAGAAAUGGACCAGGAGCCUCCCGUUUUGGACCUCCGGUCUCAGAUACUAGGAAUUAUGACUUACCCUCGCACAGACACGGCUCAGAACCGCCUAGAUUCGGUGGACCUGGUCCAAAUGCAUUUGAAGCCGGGAAUGAGUCGUUCCAGGGUGGAUCACGACCACCAUGGAACAAAGACAAACCCAAUUUUGAAGAAUCAAGAGAUUUCAGAAGAUACGGAAAUCCACAGGAUCCCCGUGGCAGAGAAUUUGACAGAAGUCCUGGACCCUCUUCAAGACAGCCCCAAAACUCAAGAUGGGCGCAAGAUAAUUACGAUAAUGACCCUAAUUGGAACAAGAACAGAGGCCCAAACUCCCAAUAUCAGAACAGCGGUGUGGAUCAAGGACCAUUGUCUAGGCCCGAUCCCAGAUUUCAAGGCCAUGGCCAGAAGCCGUGGGACCGCGAACCCAAUUCUGAUUCCAAUAAUCGAGUGCCGCCGUGGCAACAGAGGCCCAACAACCAGAACCCCGAUUUUGCUCCUAAUGCAAGAGAGGUCCCACCCCAUAUUGCUCAAGGGCCAGGUCCUAGCCUGAAUGUAAACAGGUCUGUUGAUGAUCCACGUCGCAAUUGGAACCAAAGUUCCGAUGAUCCACAAUACAACCAAAGGAGACCAUUUGAAGGUCAAGGUCCGAAUUGGAAUUAUGGAUCAGGCCCCCGGCCUUUUGAGGAUCCCCGUAACAUUUCUGGUCGGAACAUGCCUAGACCAGAUCGCAAUCCUCAAAUGGAAAUUCAAGACCAAAGGUGGGGAAGUAAAUCGGAUAACUUCCAUGACCCUUCGUUCAAUGCAAGAAACGCUGACGUCAAUGCCCUUCCCUCUGAAUGGAACCGAGAUCAUGAUCCAGACCAAGGAACACCUUGGACCCAACGAAAUGACGGUAAGAACUGGAACGCCUCCAGAGAUCCAAACUGGAAUGGAAACAAUCAAGGGCCAAAUUGGAACCAAAGAGCUGGACCUAGCACUGGACCUGAACAUCCACAUUUCAAUGCAACCUCCAAUGUUCCCAACUCGCCGGCCAAGUCUGAUUCAGCUUCGUCUUCUCGAUCUAAUGAAGGUCAGGAAGGGGAGACGAGUUCUGGACCUGCUCCCGAUUACAAAGCCUUGUUGAACUAUUUACAGUUUUAUCAGAAGCAAAUGGGCGGGAAUUCAAAAGACGGUCCUCCUCAAUAAAGAAGGUCUGUUAAGUAAUGUUGUCUCUGUUCAAUGAGCCACAGCUUUGACGCCUUCUUGCUUCUUUUAAUGAGUGGUGGAGAUUAAGUGUUAAGAAUAACUGUCGUACGUUAUUAAAAGAUUGAAAUAAACCGUGACAUUUCGUUUUUUCCCCAAACA